GACGCGAUCAUAUUCGUACAACCUCAAUAAUUGUUCAGCAGCGAAUUCAAUUAAGAAAUAUAGAAAUGGAUUACCAAUUACAUUUACUUUACCAAUUGUAGUAAGAACUCCAAGCAUGCCAACAAAGCCAAAUAAAAGGGGAACGGGGAGUCAGAGAAUGGGAGCGGCGAGUGGGAAAAGAAUGACUGGGGAAUCGACGGCUAAUGAGUGCGGAAUAAGGGGAGAAUGUUCAGGGCCUGACCGGGGAAUAUUUUGGAAAUGACAGGGGAACACGAGGAUAAAGAGAGGGGGGAAUGGCGUAGGAAUCGACACGGAAUGAUCGGGGAAUCAAUUGGGAAUGAGCGAGGAAUUGAUGGGAAACGAGUAGGGAAUCGAUGGGGAAUAAGAAUGGGAUUGACAGGGAAUAAAUGGGGAAUGAGCAGGGAAUCGAUGGGAAAACGCAUUGGAAAUCGACAGGAAAUGAGUGGGGGAAUCAAUGGAGGAAUAACUGGGGAAUGCCCAGAAAAUAAGCGGGAAAUCGUCGAAGGAGAAUGAUG